GGCCCGACUGCCCCCGGGCUCCCGGAGCGGCGGCGGCGGCCCCGGCCAGGGCAGCAUGGUGGAGAAGCGGUGCCCGCUGCAGAGGGACGGCGUGUACCGCUGGUUCUCGGAGCUGCCCUCCCCGCAGCGGGUGGAGUUCCUGUGCGGCCUCCUGGACCUGUGCAUCCCGCUCGAGCUGCGUUUCCUGGGCUCGUGCCUGGAGGACCUGGCCCGCAAAGACUACCACUCGCUGCGGGACUCGGAGAUCAAGGCCAACAACCCGGCCGACCUGGGCAGCCUGACCAACCUGACGGACGAGGUGGUGCGCAGCAAGCUGCUGGUGUCGCUGGCGCUGCUGGGCUCGGAGCAGCGCGAGGCGGCGGGGGUGCUCUACCGCACGCUCACGCACAUCGACUCCAUCAUCCACAACUACGGGCUGCAGCUCAACGAGGGCCGCACGGGCGAUGAGUUCCUGCUGCUCUUCACCAUGGCCUCCAACCACCCGGCCUUCAGCUUCCACCAGAAGCAGGUGCUGCGCCAGGAGCUCACGCAGAUCCAGAGCAGCCUCAGCGGCGGCCCGGGCGGCCACGGCGGCGGCAAGAGCUCCCCGGGCCACGGCAGCCCCCUGCCCACCUGCCCGGCCUGCCACAAGGUCACCCCAAGAGCAGAGACCCCUAUAAAUAGUGUUGGUAACAGUUUGGAAAAUGCACUACAUACAUCAGCACAUUCCAUUGAGGAGUCUUUACCCAAGAGGCCUUCAGGAAAACACUCUAAAGUGAGUGUUGAAAAGAUAGAACUGAAGGGAUUAUCACAUAAGAAAAAUGAAAGAAAUGUUGAAUGUUCCUUUGAGGUCUUGUGGUCUGAUUCUUCAAUAACAUCACUAACCAAAUCUUCCACUGAAGUGACUGAAUUUAUUUCAAAGUUAUCUCAGCUAUACCCUGAAGAAAACUUGGAGAAAUUCAUUCCUUGCCUAUCUGGUCCAGAUUCAUUUUACCUGGAGAGAAACCACAUGGACCUGGAAUCGGACCUUAGGUACUUGGCCUCAUUACCCUCUCACAUAUUGAAAAAUGACCAUGUUAAGAAAUUUUUCAGCACUUCAACUCCUACCCAACAGCUUCAAAGUCCAAGUCCUGGCACCCCUUCCCUUUCCAAAGUAGGUACUAUGAUGGGAGCAUCUGGAAGACCUGUAUGUGGAGUAGCUGGCAUCCAGUCUUCUCAGAACAGUGCUCAACAUCAUAUGCAACAUCCUACCAGUGCAGCUGUCGCACUGCCCCACUGCUCUCAUUCAGGGAGUACUGGCUCAUCCUUGACCUACCGAACCCAGAUGGACACCUCUUCCCCCAUUUUAAUGUCUUCCAGUCUUCAAACCCCUCAGACCCAGGAACAAAAUGGGAUUUUAGACUGGCUCAGGAAGUUGCGUUUGCAUAAAUACUAUCCUGUUUUCAAACAGCUCACAAUGGAGAAGUUUUUGAGCCUGACUGAGGAAGAUCUGAACAAAUUUGAAUCCCUGACAAUGGGUGCAAAGAAGAAACUCAAGACUCAGCUGGAACUAGAAAAGGAAAAGUCAGAAAAACGGUGCCUGAAUCCCUCAACACCAUCUUCAGUUACCAAUAGUGGUGUAGCCAGAGUUCCCCCUACUAGCCAUGUAGGACCUAUACAAACCAUCCGUGGAAACCAUGCUGCAGAGCUACGAGUGGAUGUGGAACAACCAGCUCAUCAGAUGCCCCGAGAAGGUAGCUCUUCAGAAUAUUCUAGUUCCUCUUCUAGCCCAAUGGGGAUCCAGGCUCGGGAAGAGAGCUCUGACAGUGCUGAGGAAAAUGAGAGACGUUUAGAAAUUCACUUGGAGGGUUCAGAUAAGGAGAAGCCAGUAAUGUUACUGAAUCAUUUCACUUCAAGUUCAGCCAGACCCACAGCUCAGGUUCUACCAGUGCAGAAUGAUGCAGGCUCAAACCCGUCCGGCCACCAUCCCCUGCCAGCACAAAUGAUGACAGCGGCUGCCUCUCACAUAGCUCCUAUUCGAAUGCUCAAUUCAGUACACAAAGCGGAACGAGGAAACACAGACAUGAAGCUUCUUUCCUCUUCUAUGCACUCACUUUUGUCUCUAGAAGAAAGGAAUAAAAUUGCAACUGGACCAAGAGGCAGCAUUAAAGUAGAAAAGAGCUUUGGAAAUACAAUGAUGGAAGUCUUACCUGCAUCCUCUCCCCACCAACCCAUGCAAGUCCUUUCUGGGAUUCCUGAAAGCAGUUCAGUAUCACCCACAGUUUCCUUUGGUCCUCGGACCAAAGUUGUCCAUGCUUCCACUCUGGACAGAGUGAUAAAAACAUCCCAGCAGCCAGCGUUAGUCGUGGAAACGAGUACUGCCGCUACUGUCACGUCUAGCACUGUCUUCCACGUGGCUCGCCCACCAAUCAAACUUCUGGUCUCAUCGUCUGUUCCUGCUGACUCUGCAAUUUCUGGACAAACAUCCUGCUCAAAUAACGUGCAGAUAAGCGUGCCCCCGGCAAUAAUCAACCCCAGGACUGCCCUCUACACAGCCAACACCAAAGUGGCCUUCUCUGCAAUGAGCAGCGUGCCAGUGGCCCCAAUGCAAGGCAGCUUUUGUGCAAAUGGCAACACUGCCUCUUCCAACAGCCACCCAUCGACAUCGUUUGCAAACAUGGCAAACAUGACCAGCUGCCCUGCCCCCAGUUCUAGCCCCACACUCUCCUCUGUUACAGAAAACAAUUUUUAUAGCAGCAGCAGCAGCAGCAGCAGCAGCAGCAGCGGCUCCACAGGAACUAUCCCUGUACCAAAUCAGAACCAUCACCACCACCACCACCAUCAGCAGCAGCAGCAGCAGCAGCAGCAGCAGCAGCAGCAGCAGCAACCUCCAGGUUGCAUAGUGUGUACUUCCUGUGGAUGUAGUGGGAAUUGUGGUUCAAGUGGUAUGACGGUCAGUUACGCUAACUAUUUUCAGCACCCAUUUUCAGGACCUUCAAUGUUUACUUUCCCCUUUCUGCCCUUCAAUCCCAUAUGCAGCAAUGGCUACAUCAACACACAGCAGUACAGCAGCGGCACGACUUUCCCAGUAGUUCAUUCUCCUUAUAACAGUAAUUUAACCCCAGACUCUGUACUGAGUGGUCAGUCCACAUUUGCAGUUCCUCCAAUGCAGAACUUUAUGGCAGGGACAGCAGGGGUGUACCAAGCCCAAGGAAUGAUGGGAAAUAACAGUUCAGGCCACAAAAAAAGUGGAAACCUCUCUUGUUAUAACUGUGGGGCCACUGGUCACCGGGCUCAGGACUGCAAGCAGCCACCAAUGGAUUUCAAUCGUCAAGGUACUUUUAGGUUGAAAUAUGCCCCUCCAGCAGAAAGUCUGGACUCCACAGAUUGAUAUUUUUCUCUGGCAACAGAACACUAUUAAGCCAUGGAGACAUAAGGAAAAUUAAAUACAAAACUGAGAAGUCUAGUUGCUGUUGAGCUUAAUAUUUUUAAUCCAAAGGUGCUUUACUUUACUAGACUGGAUAGAAAAAAAAUCUAGCUUAGGGGUACAUCAUACCCAGUUUUAUUGAUUGCCAAAAUCCUAGUUUGGAGCUUGAUGUCAGGACUUGCCUAGUGGGUAUCACAGAUGGUUGGUGAAGUUUGCCACCUACAUUCUUUGUUGCAAUGCAAAAAAAAAAAAAAAUCACAUUUACUGAAGAGCAUUGCCGUAAUUGGUCCUUCUAGGCUGAAACAUAAUUCCAGGGCAGCUACGUGUGAUCUGAAUUGAGAGCCGGAGGUUGAAGUUUUCAAAGUGGAGUUUCGCCAGUCGGACUCUGACACCCCUGGGCUAGGUAAAAUGUCUACUUUUUUUUUUUCCUAAAGUGGUCAGGCACUAAUCUCUGGGAUUUUUAAGGAUUGCACUACAGAAGAAUGUAAAAUGAUUUAAAAUCUCUGCAGUUCUGGUAGACAAUGUUAACGCGUUUUCUGAGACCAGUGCAAGAGACAGAGACGACCCACA